CAGCCCGCGGCACUCGGAAGCGCUGCUGAAUGGCGCCGUGUGAAGACCGCUCCUAGUCCUCACGUGGGCCGAUUGCGCGCAGGAGCUGAUGCUGCGCAGCUGGCGGCGCGACGGGCGCGCCAUCGCCCUGGGCGCGGCGCUGGGCGUGCUGGUGCUGGUGCUGGUGGCGGCGGCGGCAGCGCUGCUGGGCGCGGGGCCCGGCCCACGCCCGCCGCGCGACCCCUUCGCCUCGAUGCGCGACGUGCUUAGGGGCAGCUUCAUCCCCAGGCACUUCAACGCCACCUGGCUGCCCGGCGGACAUCUCUACUUCCUGGAUGAGCACGAGCAACCAACCUUGAUGAAAAUGAAGAAACAAGGGGACGCUGUGUUUGCCUACAAUCUCAUAAGCAACGAAUCGAUGCAGACGAUCAGAAAAUUGGUGUGGGCGUUCGCUUUCAUCCCAUCACCAGACGCCAAAUAUAUCCUUGUGAAGCACGACAUUCACCCCGUACGUCACGUCCCAACUUCGUUUGAGCCAACGACGCGGUGUCCGUAAGAACGCGUUCAAUAAUGGACCCGAGCACCGACACUGAAAUGCAGUUGGAGCUAGUGGACGUCGCUACCCAGCGUCUGCAGCCGGUGGAGGGGCCGCGCGGGCGCCGCAUCCAGCAGGCGAUCUGGGCGCCCAGGGGCAACUCCUUCGCCUUCGUGCAGCGCAACGACGUCUUCUACGUGCCCAGCGCGGGCGACAGGCCGCUCAAGGCGCUGCGCGUCACCCGCGACGGAGAGUUCGGGCGCAUCUACAACGGCCUCCCGUCCUGGAGCUACAAAGUCGAAGUGUUUAAGGACGAUCCAGCAAUGUGGUUUUCUCCUGAUGGCACCUACUUGGCAUAUGGCUCUUUUGACGAAUCAGCAGUGGGCACCGUGGUGAUCACUGAGUACUUUCCACCCCGCAGAAAGGGGCCCUACCCAAACAACAUUACACUGCGUUACCCUAUGCCCGGGACGGCGCUGCCCCAGGCGUCGCUGUGGCUGCUGAACACGCAGGCGGCGGUGGCGUGCGGGGAGGCGCACCCCGUACGACUCGUGGUGCCGCACGAGCUGCAAGGCGGGUGAGCAGCGCGCAAGCACUCGGCCUCGCGGCCAUCUCACGU